AUGAAAGAAAUUGUACAAAAUAGUGUUGUUUUUGAAAAAGAAAAGGAAAAAUGUAUUGAAGAAAAUGAAGAAAUCAGGGAAACAAAAGAUUUUAUUGUGAAUAAAAAGAGGAAAAAUGGGACUAAUGAUGGAAAUAAAAAGAAUAAAAAAAAUAAAAAUUUUGAACGAGCUGAUAACAGUAAUGAUCUGAACGCAGAGGAAUAUGAUGAUUUGAAAAAUGCGGGAUCUACUAAAAGUGGCGAAAUGGUUAAUGAAGAAAAAGGGAAUAAGAAAUGUAAAAAAUAUAUAGAUAAAAAUAAAAAUACAAAAGAAAAAAUAGAAGAAUCAGAGUCCUCGUCAAGUGCUGAAAACAGUUCGAGUAGUGACGAAGACCAUGAUGGAUUAUUAUUAACAUCGAAAUUUAAAAAAAAAUUUUCUAAUUUGCUACUUAAAUUAAAAAGUAAAGAUUCUAGUUUAUUAAAUAAAAAAGAUGAUUGUUUUUUUCAUGACAGUGAUUUUGACACGGAUACGUCAAAGGAUGAUGUAUCAAAAGAGGAAAGAGAUGAAGAGGAAAUUGGAAGUGAUAAUAAAAAAAAUUAUAAUAAUGAAAAUGAAACGAAAAAUAGCAUAAAUUAUUCAGAAUUUUACAAAGAUAUAUUACUAAAGGAAGGAUCACAAGCUUUUGAUAAUGAAGAAGAAAAUCUUCUUAAUAAAGAAAAAGAAGCAUAUUCUUCAAAAAAUCGAAAAAGUUAUUUUGAUGAACAAGAUGAACUAAAAAAAAAAAUCCUUGAAGCAUGCAAAAUUGCUGAUGAGGAGCAUGCAAAAAAUAAUGAUGAAAACGAAGGUGAUUUUUUUACAAUAAAAGAAAAAACAGAAAAUGAAAUAUUGGAAGAAAAAAAAUAUUUUGAAAAUUUUCUUAGCACAUCAAACCAUAUUAAAGAAAGUGAUAAUUUAUUAAAAGAAUAUUGGAAAGAUAAUUUAAAUAAAGAUGAAGAGUUUUUAAGAGAUUAUAUAUUAAAAGAAUUAUGGAGAGAAGAUAAGAUUCAUAAUAUUUAUGAAGAUAUAGAUGAAAUAGAUGAUGAAGAAUUAGAAAAAUCUGAAAAAUUUGAAAAAACAUAUAAUUUUCGAUUUGAAGAACAAAAUGGGAAUAUUAUAAAUUCUGCACCGAGGAAAAUAGAUAAUAGUGUAAGACAUGAAAAUGAAAAAAAAAAAAAAAAAAGAGAUAGAAAAAAAGAAAAACGAAUAAAAAAGAGAGAAUUAAAAAGAAAAAUGCUUUUAGAAGAAUUAAAAAAUAAAGAAAAUAACAAAGAUACGAAUAUCACGCUACUUAAUAAAAAUGACAGCAAUAAUGUAGUGAAUAACAAAAAUGAUAAUUCAAAAAAUUUAGAAAAAUAUAAAGCUAAUAAUAAAAAUCACCAAGAGUAUAGUGAUAGUGAUUUAUGGUAUUUAUGCGAUGAAUGCCAAUAUGCAAUUAUGCCCUUAAGUUAUGUAUUCGAAUGUAAUACUUGUGAUAAUUAUACUUUGUGUAAAAAAUGUUUUAAAAAGGGAAAACAUGAACAUACAUUGAAAAAAAUAUUAGUACCUAUAUAUUGUGAACCCCCUGCGAAUUAUGAAAAUAACAAUAUCCUAUCAUUUGACAAUAAUAAUAAUAAUGAAAAUAGUCAGAAUAACAUAAAUGGAAAAACGAAAGAAUGGGGGAAAAAACAAAAUCAUGAAAUAGAAUACUUGGAAAAUGAUUCGAGUGGAUAUGAAGAUUUAAUUGAUGAUAUGCCUAUAAGAUAUAAAUAUAUUAAAGUAAAACCCAAAGCAUUUAAUCUAACAACUGAUUUUAUAUUAAAAACAGACGAUACUAAAUUAGAUGAAAUAGUACCUAUGAAAAAAAUCUCUCCAUAUUACCAAAACAAAAAAAAAUAA